AACAGCAGUUGAACACGCUCGAAAAUAAUGGGUGCGUUUUUCGAGGCGGCCUGGAAAUUGUUGACGGCAUUCAAACACUAUAUUUACGCUGCAACUGCACAAGUCAUUCAAACUUUCCACACACUUUUCAACUGACUUUUAAACAAACAGUUUGCUUAUCAACGGAAAAUGGCUAAAUUCAACCUUUGUCGACAACUCAUCACCGUCCAGUUAAUUUGCAUGACAAUCUUUUUUGUAGAAGUCAAAGGAGGAUUUAUGAGUGGAAUGAUUGAAAAGUGCAAAGUAGUUGGUAGAAGCAUAGCCAGUAUACCGUCGAAGCUGGCAGACAAGGGCCAGUAUGCGACGCAUAAGGUGGUCGGUGCAAUGAGCAACGCCGUCAAGCCAAUACGGCCGUUGAAGCGAAUCGUAGACGCGACCGGCGGGGCCAUGUCCAAUAUGAUGGGGUCCACCAGCCGGCUGUUGGGUAAGACGUUGGAUCCUCCGCAAGAUGUAAUGUUCCUGUACACCAGGCCACUGAAGCAACUGGGCACGUCAAGGACGUACCAGGAAGCGGUCCGGAAAGUCCUCGGUCACGCGCUCACCAAUGUGGUGUUGCACCACGACGAAAUGGAGGAAGCGGCAGAUACGGCAGCAAACUUGGACACAAUGCCCGUGCUUAAGUCUGUGGUUGCCAAGCUCAAGAAGGCUGGCGCGACCAAGGAUGACAUCGCAGAUAUCGUCAGUGUGUUGGGACGAAACGGAAAACAGGACCUCCCCGUCGAGAUACAAUCAGAGGUCCUUGGCAUUCUAAAAGACCGAAAGGGAAAUUUUAAAACAGAUGGGCCCAUGGCGGAAUUACGUUGGAUUGCAGAGCACCCCAAUGGAUUCUAUCGGAUGGAUGACAAAGAAAGGACUGAUUACAAAAUGAAGACGCAAAAAAAGUACUCGAAGUGUACAGUUUUACACCCACCAAGUUUUGACAGAAUGAAUAAAUAAUUUUUCGCAUUUCUUUUCUAAUCUCAAUCGGUGGAAAAUAAAUUAAUAAAUUAUAUUUAAUUUGAUAAAUUAUUUAUUUAUGAAAUAAAUGUAGAUUUUGGUGAGUUUUA